AUGAAUUCUUUGGAACAACUUAAAGCCGCAGCUAUUGCCAGAUACACUCCUCAAGAUGCCACUACCAACCCAUCGUUGAUUUUGGCUGCUUCCGGAAAGGCCGAGUAUGCUAAGUUGAUUGACAUCGCUGUCGACUACGCUAAGGACAAGGGAUCGUCUGUUGACGAGAAGGCAAGUCUUGCUCUUGACAGAUUGCUUGUCGAGUUCGGAAAAGAGAUCCUGAAGAUCGUCCCAGGUAGAGUUUCUACUGAGGUCGACGCUAGACUCUCUUUCGACAAAGAGGCCACCAUCAAGAAGGCUCUCGAGAUCAUUGAGCUUUACAAGUCUAUUGGUAUUGACAAGGAAAGAAUCUUGAUCAAGAUUGCCUCUACCUACGAGGGAAUCUUGGCUGCGCGUGAAUUGGAAGAGAAAUACGGAAUUCACUGUAACUUGACCCUUCUGUUCUCCUUCGUGCAAGCUGUUGCCUGUGCUGAGGCUAAGGUUACCUUAAUUUCUCCAUUCGUUGGAAGAAUUAUGGACUGGUACAAGGCUAACACCGGUAAAACUUACGAAGGUAAGGAGGACCCAGGUGUCCAAUCCGUGACCAAGAUCUUCAACUACUACAAGAAGUACGGAUACAAGACCAUUGUCAUGGGUGCUUCUUUCAGAAAUGUUGGUGAGAUCACUGCUCUCGCCGGUUGCGACUUCUUGACCAUCGCUCCAAAGCUUUUGGAGGAGUUGAUCAAUUCUAAGGAGCCUGUUCCAAAGGUUUUGGAUGCCUCUGCCGCCAGCACCACCGAGGAAGAGAAGGUCUCCUACAUCGAUGACGAGCCUACCUUCAGAUUCCUGUUCAACGAGGACGCAAUGGCCACCGAGAAGCUUUCUGAUGGUAUUAGAAAGUUCUCUGCCGACUGUGUUACUUUGCUCAACUUGUUGAAGUCUAAAUUCUAA